GCAGCGCCGCCGUGAUCUCAGAUGACGUGACCUGCAGCGCGUCAGUGUAGAGCGGGCUGCCGAGUAGAUCGGAACGGCGUUCUACAGCGUGUUCAUUGGGGAAUGGCAACAUGACCGCGGCGACUAAGACCCAGAGCAACCGGGGUCCGUACCGCCUGAAGACCACCCCCCGCCCGAGCCCUCGCCAGAGGAAGACCUCAGCCAUCCCGGACAGGCAGCACUACUGGAGGCUUCACUACCCUCCAGGUCUCACGGUCGACCAGCUCGCGCAGUUCAGGCGACGACACUUCACCAAACCUUGCGACAACCUCCACCCUGAGCCGGGCUCCUUCUCCGUGCUCAAGACCGAGUACAAGAGGGCCUUCAAGAACCAUCGAGGGGAGAAACUGUUGGCAGAACUAGAGGGUUGUAUCAAACGUGCCAAGAGGAGGCAGGACUACUUUCGCUUCGAGGGAGACUUCGCCUUCAACCCGGAGUAUAAGGAAAAGUACGUCGACUACCCCAGAACUCGGCCAAGGGUGAAGCGACCUCUGGGACAAUUUCCUGUUCUGGGGGAUGACGACAUACAAAGAAUAUCUGAGAUCCACGCCCAAUACGUGAGGUACUUAGAGGCGCGAAGGGCAGAACUACUGAGGGCCGAUACGCACCUUCAUCCCGAGGGCGAGUUUUUAGUGAAGCUUUCAGAGCAAAAAGAACAAUUUGUGCCAAAAGAAGGAAGGAGGCCAGAACUGUUGAGGAGACCCACCAGCCUUCAUAUGGAGGGAGACUUCAACAAGACGACGGAGAAUAAUGAGUCCUACGUCGUCAGACCGGCCGGUAUCAGGACCGACCUCAUCAGGAGACAGGCAAAUCUCAUCGUCCACGAGGGUGAUAUGGAUCUCAUUACGGAGAAGUCUUCCCAAUACGUGAAGUAUGCAAAUGCUCACCGACAAGAGCCGACGAAACCUCCUAGUAACCUCAAUAUGGAGGGAGAUCACGAGUAUUCACCUGAGUAUAAGGAGAAGUACAUUGAAUAUCCAAGGGAACGGUACGUAGCGAAAAGGCAAGAGGCACAUUUAAAACCUGAAGGAGAAAUUGGUAAAACUACCGAGCUUCGGUCUGAAUUUGUGGACUUCCCUAGAGAAAGACCAGUGGUAAAAAGACAAGAAGCCCAUUUGAAACCUGAAGGAGAGUUUUCUGACAAGACCGAGUUGAAGUCUGAAUAUGUGGAUUUCCCUAGAGAAAGACAUAUAGCUAAGAGACACGACGCUCAUUUGAAGCCAGAAGGAGAUUUCUUAGAUGCGACUGAAAUUAAGUCUGAAUUUGUGGAUUUCCCUCGGGAGAGGCAUAUAGCCAAACGACAAGACGCGCAUUUAAAGCCUGAAGGCGAUUUCUUAGACGCCACGGAAAUAAAAUCUGAAUACAUAGAUUUUCCCAGGGAAAGGCAUAUUGCUAAAAGACAAGACGCCCACUUGAAGCCUGAAGGUGAAUUUCAGGAUUCGACAGAACUGAAAUCCGAGUUUGUGGAUUUUCCAAGGGAGCGACCGAUAGUGAAAAGGCAAAAGGCUACCCUAAAGCAAGAAGGAGAUUUUGCAAAAACCACUGAACUGAGAUCGGAAUACGUGGAUUUUCCUAGAGAACGUCCUGUAGUUAAGAGACAGGAGGCACACCUUAGACCUGAAGGAGAAAUGGAAAAAACAACUGAGUUGCGAUCUGAAUAUGUAGACUUCCCUCGGGAACGGCCUAGGGUGAAGAAGCAAGAAGCUCACUUGCGACCUGAAGGAGAGAUAGAGACGAGGACGGAGAGCGCUGAGUAUUCGAACUUUCCGAGAGAAAGGCCCCACUUAUACCGGACCGAUUCUCACCUGAAACCGGAAGGGGAAAUGGAGAAAGCCACUGAAAAGAGUAUUGAGUAUAAAGACUUCCCGAGAGAUCGCCCUGUCCUCCAGAGAACCAAUACGAAUCUCAAGCCAGAAGGAAAUAUUGAAACGACCACUGAGAGCUCUCAAUACUUCCAAAAUGAGAACACCCCACGACCUGUGAUCCAGAGACCUGAGGAUGUCAUCAAGAGGUUUGAGGGCAGAAUAGACUCUGACCCUGAGUAUCGUUCUUCAUAUCUCAACUAUCCACGAGAACGUCCUGUACUGAAUAAGCCAAGAGAACAACUGGACCGCCCAGAUGGCAAAAUGUCCAAGGCCAGCGAGAUGCACGAGCAGUUCGUGCGGCACGACGGUUCCCGCCCUGCCGCUUCUCGCCGACCUCCUACCAACCUGCGGAUGGAAGGCGAGAUGAAGGCAGAGCCCGAGUACCGUGCCAGGUUCGCCGAUCCUGGCCAGGCCUUCCGAGUCCUGACUGUCACCUCAGGAACUUCACCGCCUCCCCCGGGAAAGACUGUCACCUUCGGCGAGUCCAAGACUAAAAGAUCGGCGGCAACGCGUCGAGCCAAAGCAGAGGACACUACGAGCGAAACAUCGACGACAGAAUCCUCUACCCAAGCGCCUCCUUACCGUCUCACUGUGGAAAAUGUGGACGAUAACCGGGCCUUCGUGGUUUUGAAGGACCCUAACAACAACACGACAUCCUCGGCCGAUCCUCUUACUCAGAGUCGGUGGAUGGCAAGGGCCGAAAACAGCCAAGCAGCCGAGAAGUGGGUACCUUCAUGGGCUGACAACGCCAAGGCACACAAGUAGUCAUUCGGCCGAGCCCUAUAGAGGAUUCAGCCUGCAUCGGUCUAGUCUUUCCAAGUCACAACCUAAUAUUGUAAAAUUAACCCUUGCUCAAGUGCAAGACUUUUCACUUUUCAAGUGGGCACAAUAUUAACAAAAGGAAUUGAUUUAAACCAUUCUUAAAAUGCCUAUAAACUUUGUUUGGUAACAAAAUACUAAUUUUUGUAAUGGACACGAUUUGAAUCUAACAUACAGCUAUGAUUGUCGAUUAAACUCACAGCAAACCAAGAAUUACAACAAUUAUUGGGCAAUUAUUGAUGGCUGCGUCAGUUUUGCCCAAUAUGGUCCGAUAACAACAUAAAAAGUCAAAAAAAUCCUGAUCUAAAAACAUUCCAAAUAAAGUAUAUCUGAUUAAUUUUUUAAAAUAUCAAAUGUUUUCUGUUAUUUUACAAAAGAAAACUCACAAUUCUCGAAUAAUUGUUUAUAUUUUAACACGAGGCCUUUCGACAUCGAAGAUGCCAUCAUCAGGUGUAAAUAAUAGAAAAUUGAUGUUUCCAAUAAGAAGAGCUCCUCGUCCUUCAGAAAACUUUGAACUGUUCAAACUCUCUCUCUCUCUCUCUCUAAAACGAGAUUUCUAUAAAUCUUGUAGCACAAGGUUGGACUUGCCUUUUAGAGAUCCGAAGGCUUUUCGGAAUUAUGUCCUGUAUUUUACACAAUACAGUUCUUUACUAAUCCUUCCUCAUAUCUUUUUAAUAAGAUAAGCCCGCGGUGUCUGAGGAUGGACAGAGACAACUGAUAAUGGAAGCGAUAUCUCUUUCAUUAUCCAACAAUCUGAAGCUACUAACUUGAAAUUAUUAUUUUUAACUUUUAUAAAGUAAUAUUAAAGAAACCUCGAUGUAUAUAUUGAUAUGGAACGGGGCUCGACGAAGCUGGAAAGAGUAUGACGUCCAUUUUUUAAGGACAUCUUUUGAUAAAGAAAGUAAAAGAAAUCAAUACAUAAUAAACGACUACUCAGAAUUCUCGAAUGGCUAACUAUAUUCCUAGUAUGGAAGAAGUCUUCCUUCAGUGCUUCUAAAGUAAUAUUAAACACGAUGUAUGAUGAGUUAUAUAUUUACCAAAAAUCCUAAUCAUUAACCCCUUCACCACGACUGAACGCUGUUUUUGUUUCCUCUCUCAUCCACUUUUUGUCCACUUUAUAAAAAGUUUCUUAAAAAAGACAUUAAAAGUCAUUCCACAACGAUUUUUUGCUGCGGUUCGACGUAGUUUUGGAACUGUGGACCAAAAAUAUUAACAGCUUUGCUCGCUGGUUUGCUGAACGCAUUUAUACGUAAUGGAUGAAUUUUAUAAGUAGCUUUCUAUUGUAGCCUCUUAAACUGAUGUACUUCUCAGUUAGCAAAGUAGACAAUACUAGAUUGUAAAGUGUAGAUAUAGAGCAAUGUGAAAAUAGAAUAUUUAAUGUUGAGGCUUUUGUUUGUGUCUAUGUCUGAAGUUAUCAUAAUCACUAGCUGUUAUCAUAAUAUUGUUAUAAGUUUAAAAUCUUGUUAGAAUAUCAAUUUACUUUUAAGGAAUGUUGAAAAUUUGUAAUGUUUAUUAAUUAUAGGUUGUUUAUUUAUUGGUAAUUUAGAUACUGUUCUCGUAGUAAGCCUUAUUUGUAUGAAAUGGUAUAAUUUUAUCGUAAACUAAAUUAUGUUGAGAUUAUAAAUCAGAUUUGAAUAUUAUUAGACUAAUAUUUACAAAGAGAAAAGGAAUGCAAUUUUGCUAUCGCUCUGUCCACAUUUAUUUAUGUGAUACAGGUGGUAGCAUGCUAUCUGGCGAGCGCAUGCAGUAAAACACUAAGGUCAUGCAGAGGUGCAAUCUUUAUAAAAAAAACCAACAGUAGUCGCAUGUUAGAACAAUAUAUAUGGGUACAAUUCGUGCUAAAACAUCUAUUGUCAAAUAUUUUACUCUUAAUUAAAUUGAUAAAUAUUCUUACAGACACUUAUUGUCUAACUAUAAUGUGUUUAAAAAUGUUGUGAGAUCAAAAAGUACGAAAUAUGAAGUUGAAAUAAACUUUAAUAAUUUUGCUCCUUUGGCGAAAUAGAUAAGAUACGGUCAGUUCAAACCGUCACAUGCAAAAAGCAGAAUAACCACAAACUUACACAACCUGUUCAAAAACACAAAUCUUUCUUUAAAUUUUAUUUUUAAUUAAAGAAAAUGUCAGAUUCCAGUGAACAAACAAUUCCAACAUAUUUCUACUCUUAAAAAUACAGUCAAAUCUCAAACUCGUUUCACAGAAUACGAAGCGAUAGAGAGCCAAGUUUCUGUCUGGUUUGUUUUCUUUUACAGCGUACAACAAAACAUAGACUUUUCUUUAAAAUAUAUGUCUUGCCUCGUACUUUUUGUAGUGUACCUCAUACGCAAGCAAAAUUGUCUAACUGUGAGUCUUUAAGUAUAAAUAGGGAUAGCAGUGGCAUAAAUGGAGUUUUGAUCAGAAAUUUGAACAAAACAUGUGGACACUCCCAUCAAAGUGCUUCUUGACUUCUUCUCAAGGAAAUCUUUAGUUUUGACAACUUCCCCAGAAUGUACAAUGGUGAUGAUACUAUUCACUAUCAAGUCAUUCCAUAGAUUAUAAUUUUAUCAAUGUCUCCCAUUAACAUAAUGUUUAAUAAAAUGGGCUAAUCCUUGUUCGCCGAGCUCACUGCCUGUUUAGACACCAAAAUGUGUUGUGCAAACUUUAGACGAUCAUGUUUCUGUUUCUAAUAUUGUUGUUAAAAUAUAGCUUUUAUUAUUA